AUGGUUGCCAUCACCAAGUCCGUCCUCCUUUUAUUGGGAACAGCCAUCGCCUUUGCUUCUGCUGCUGCUGCCCCUGCCCCAGUCUAUUCAGCCAAGGAGAUGUCCCAAGUCAUCGACUGCCAAACGCAGUGCGUCGCCUUCACUCCUCCAUUUAGCCAUAAGCCCGACAUCACCGUGAAGCAAUACAUGAAGGUUAAGGACUACGGCAGAAUGUCCUACAUGAUGAAGAACAUGCGUCCUCACAUCAAGCCAUGCGUCAAGGAACUCCUGAAGUUGAAGGGCAAGGCUUCCAAGGUCACCAAGGACAAGUUUGAGGCCUACGUUUUGUGCAACUCCAAGACUCUGACCAAGAACGAGGAUGUCUACUUCGCCAAGAACUUCAACUGGAAGAAGGAAGGAUUCACCAAGAAGGAAUGGACUCAAUUCAGGAACCACACCUUGCCUGGAUUCAGAAAGGCACUCCACAUCUGCCGUGGUGGAUGCCGCAGAAUCCACUUUGCCCACAAGGGACCCCCAAAGCCUUAA